AACUUGUUCCAACAUUUGCGGGAGUUAGACCUUUGUCUGAGACCAAUUUUGGCAAAUCCGAUCGGCUAAUUGUAAAAUAAAUUUAAAAUGUCUUCAGUCUCAGUGUUCCGUUACAAUGAUGCACAACUGAGCACACAAAUGAAGGCAGCUAACUUAAAUGACGAAAAUAAGGUAAAUAGUUCUAUAUUCUAUGACAAAAAGUUGGAUAAUUACGUCAUUCACUCUUACUCUUUGUCUUUUGUGAUGUCGUUACGAAUUUAUGUGCUCUAUUUCACCUAUCUCAUUCUAUUACUUGGACUGAUUAGUAGGACUUGCUUAUACCGUUUCUAGUUCAUAUGGUCAGAUAAACAGAAUCGGUAAAUGUUUUUUUUAAAGACACAUACACUGCAGUAGAAAAAAAUGUUGUGGUGGGCGUAUCCCGCGCUUUUCUUUAUUAAUUUAUUCACUUUGUUUAAAAAUUGCCCACUCUGAAUGAAUGAAUUAUCUUAUGUCAUUUGUUCAUUGUUUCAGGAACCAGUUUCCAAACAAGGCCCUCAAACCCCACGAAAGCCUCUGGGAACAAGUAAUUUACAGGUAAAUGAAAGUUGUAUAAAUAGUUGUUAAUACCGUUCAAAGAUGAUUUUAUAAAUUAAACUAAUUAUUAUAGUGAAUUAUACUGAUACUGGCACUACUGUCUUAACUAAGAUAGUCUAAGUCUCCUACUAAAAGUCUUACUCCUAGACUUAGUCACUACUAAUAGUAAUAGCUUAUUUGAAAAACACGCUUCAUCCCCAAAGCCCAAAGGCUCGAAGCGCGGUACAAAGUCAACAAUCUAUAAUUUACCUCAUUUAAAACAAACGCAACACUACAAAACUAGUUACAAGCAUACCAAGUUAAAGUCAUUCUACCCAUUUCAACCCUAAGCAACACAUCCAAUAUGCAUUAACCGGAAAAUAUGGUAGACAAUCAUCCCAGACGGUGUGCGAAAUAGAUGUGUCUUUAAAUCGGUUUUAAAGGACUCCAGUCUCUGGUUGUUUCUGAGAGUGACAGGGUGUUCCAAAUUGUUGGACCAGCAAAGUCAAAACUUAAUUAAAAAAUUUUUAAUGAAUAAUUUAUAUUGAUUGUGAGCUUUCUUAUAACCUAUGGACUAUCCAUUUAAGUGUAAGUAUAGUAUAGUAUAGGCUAAGUAUAGGCUAAUUAAUUAGUAUAAGUGAUUAAAGUCACAAUAUUUCCAUAAAUUCUUUAACAUACUGGAGCAUAACUCCUCAUAUCAUAUUGGGCCCAUUCCCCCAAAUUUGAAAUAGUUACAACAAAUAUCUAUUUUCUUUUUUAUGUCCAUGUACUUACUUCUUACUUUAAUUAAUUACUUAUGCUUUGGCAUUUAAAUAAUUUAAUAUAUUUUUGAAAUAAAAUUAUCAUCACUUUCAAUCAGAAUAAUUCCCAGAUAUUUAAUGUGUACAAUCCGUGAAUCAAAGGCAUACAAAUCCAGAACUAUUCCAAAUAUAGUUAGCAUUAGCAUUUCCUAAAAAAAAAAAUAAUUACUAUGACAUACCUGUCUUUUGAACUUUUGUACAUGGCUGAAACUAAACCGUAUUACUUAUCAAUUUAAUUUAAAUAAAUGUUUACUGAUCUUGUCUGCUGCAUGUUAGAAUCACUUGCAUUUAACACAAAUUAUUGCAAGCUCAUUUUUGUAAUGCAGAAGUUCUGUCAGAACCGAGAACCACACCAGAUUUGAGCUUUGUAUCUUUAAAAUUAUUUAAUUAAAUUUGCUAGAAGAAAAUCAUAAAUAUUAGGCUACUGAUGAUUAAUUUGCAAAAGUUUUACUCUGGUUUACCCAUCAAAUGAAUAUAUAGGCCACAAUAAUUUAGUGAUUCUUUGCCCAGACGUUAAACUAUAAAGAAUAUCGCAGACACUGUCAACUAUAUUGUCCAUAUACAUAAUUUGAGCAACAGUGUCAACCGGCAUCCCUUAUCCACCAGAUUAACACAGAAUGUGGCAUCUUAAAUUUUCAUUUGCGUGGUAACAAAAAUUACGACUCACAAGAUUAAAAUGCGAGUGGAAACUAAAAAUUUGUCAAAUUUGCUUUAAAUGUUUUGAAAGAAGGGUUCAGUGUUACAUAAAGGCAAAGGUUCGUGAUACUUUAAAAUUCUUUCUAAAAGCCACAAGUUAUCUUUUUCAUGCACAAAUGCAACAUAACUAAACUUGGACCUCAAACCUUGUAAACCAAAUUAUUUAAAAGGAUUUUUUUUUAAUGUUAUAUUUAUGAACUGCUUCAUUUUAGACCAGAGGUUUAAUAAGCAAAAGUUUGGGAAAUUAUAAAUCGUUCUUUUUAUUAUUAUUAUUAUUAAAAGCCUAUUUCCUAUACACAUUUCAUAUCAAGCCAACAGUUUGUUAAAUUUUUUUUUAUUAUAUAUAUUUUAAAAAUUUAAUCAAAAAAUGUAUUUUUACUUUUAAUUUUUUAGAAUGUGAUAUUGGAUCAAGAGUCUGAAAAACAAAUUAUUAAAGUCAGAGAGGUAAGUCAUUUCAUGAGUUAAUAAUUUCAGAUAAAAUCUCUUCGAGUUGCUUUAGUUAGGUGAAAGCCUACCCUAUACUAGUUAUUUAAGUUAUAAAGCCAACUUUAUAUAUUUGAGAAUAAGUGGGAAGUUGGCUUAUAUUAUAAAUAAGCUAUUCAUAGAUUUUAUAAUUUUUCCCUAGGUAUCGGUACUGUACAAGUACAAUCGGUUUUAAAAAAACAAAAGUCAAAUUUUAUUAACUGACCAACGCAGAGUCACAAGUUUUGUCCCUCAUACGUGAGCACCAUAGUGGCUAUGCUUAUUGAAAGAUCUCCAUUAGAAUGUCAUAUUUUAUAAGGGGUCAUCCAUUAACUACGUCAACACUUAUACUUUUUAAGCAAUUUUUGGACUCACACACACCCCACCCUGUCAAUUAUUAUAAAUACAUUUUACUUUGUGCUGAUCUUUUUUUGACACUAAGGUUGUAGGAAAAACAUUUCAGGACAUUUUUAGCUUGUUAAAAAGUUUUUACACUUAAAUUUUAUGAGUAAUGCAGAAUCAAUUGAAAGGUUGUUAAGGCUAAGGGUGAAAAUUGGAAUCAAUUAAAAUUUAUUUAAUUCGUUUUUCUAAAUCAAUUUCAAUGGUUAUCAGAUUUUGAAAUUAUACAUAUAAAUGUGUGCCACUUUGACAUUUAUUUUUACUAAAACAUCCAGUUUUACAGUACGCUAAUCAUUAUAUUAUACUACUGGUACUUGAAGAUGAAGCCAAUGAAAGAAGUCACACAAACCACUUAUCUGUCUUUACCUGCAUUAAAUUUAUUAUUCAUGAAAGAAAAUUCCAACUCCAGAGUCCAACAUCUAUCUUUUUGAGAAAGUUCUGAUUAAACUUAGUAGAAUUAUUAAAAUAAUAUUUUAUAUGAAAGGCGAAUUUUCAUUUUCAUGAAGGUCAGGAAGUGUUAGUCCAUUUUCCUUCAUUAUGAAACAUGUCCUCUGUUAUUAAUGUGCUACUUGGUCUGUGAGGCAAUCUUUUCAUGUAUAUUAUGUUUGGACUUUUCGGUCAUUUAAAAUUACUUGAAACAUUGUGGCUAAACUGUAUAAGAGCUAUUAGCAAUUUUUUUAUUUGCUCACAGCAAAAAAAGACAGCAAAGAAAGAAAUAGAGGAGCCUUUGCUGAAAGAAAACCCAGGAAGAUUUGUUUUGUUCCCCAUUCAAUACCAUGAUAUCUGGCAGAUGUACAAAAAGGCAGAGGCCUCAUUCUGGACUGUGGAAGAGGUGGAUUUAUCUAAAGACCUUGAUCAAUGGGACAAGCUGAAACCAGAUGAAAAACAUUUUAUCUCUCAUGUCCUUGCAUUCUUUGCAGCUAGUGAUGGAAUUGUCAAUGAGAACUUGGUAGGUCAUAAAAAUUCAUUAAUAUAGAAUUUUAAAAAUUGUUUAGGAAAUUAAUCAUUUUUUAUAAAAUAUAUAACAUCUGAUGUAGUACCUAAGCUACCUAUUCCUUCCAAAUUUCAGGUUGAAAGGUUCAGUAAGGAGGUUCAGGUGACAGAGGCUCGUUGUUUCUAUGGUUUUCAAAUUGCCAUGGAAAAUGUUCAUAGUGAGAUGUACAGUUUACUCAUUGAUACCUAUAUUAAAGAUCCUAAAGAAAGGUAAUUAAGUAGCUGGUCUAAAUUCUUUUUUUUUUUAAACUGGUUUGUAUUUUGUAAACAAGACUUUAUAAACUACUUUAUUAAUCACUAGUAAUAGCUAUAGAUUUUUGCAUAAAACUUAUUAAAAUCUUGCAGAGACUUCCUAUUCAAUGCAAUUGAAACCCUCCCUUGUGUGAGGAAGAAGGCAGAAUGGGCCAUUAAGUGGAUUGGUGAUGAUGAGCACCCCUACAGUGAAAGAGUUGUGGCAUUUGCAGCUGUCGAAGGGAUUUUCUUUUCUGGAUCAUUUGCAGCUAUUUUUUGGUUGAAGAAAAGGGGGAUCAUGCCGGGAUUAACUUUUAGUAAUGAGCUGAUCAGCAGAGAUGAGGUAAAUAGUUUUAAAAAGUUAAGUAGAAAACUUUUUUUUUCAAAAACCAUUGCACAUUUAAUUAACCAUGAAGUUUUUAGACAUUCAAACUCACUUUUAAGGAAGUAUUUAGUUUUUUUAAUAUCAUUACAGGGUCUGCAUUGUGAUUUUGCCUGCUUGAUGUUUAAACAUUUAAUAAACAAACCGUCUCAAGACAGAGUAUAUGAAAUAAUUAAAGAUGCUGUUACCAUUGAACAAGAAUUCCUCACAGAUGCUCUACCAGUCAACUUAAUUGGGAUGAAUUGUGAGUUGAUGAAGAAGUACAUUGAAUUUGUUGCAGACAGACUUCUAGUUGAGCUGGGAUGUGAAAAGGUAAGUUGUGCUUAGUAAAUUGAGCACAUUAUCACGUUUUUUGUUUUCCUUUAAUAUAUAGAGGACCUAUCUGGCAUUAAAGUUGAAAGUCUGUCAAUUUUUACCUAUUUUCCAGCAAUAAACUAAUGAUAUAAUUUAAUUGAUUAGUUUUUGUGUUGUUGUUUUAUUUAAGUUCUAGUAGUAAAUCCCACCACAGUUUCACAGUACUUGUAUAAACUUUAAUUUUUUCAGGUUUACAAUUCAGAAAAUCCAUUUGACUUUAUGGAACACAUAUCCUUAGAAGGAAAGACAAAUUUCUUUGAGAAGAAAGUUGGGGAGUAUCAGAAGAUGGGUGUCAUGAACAAAUCACCAACCAGCCAUCAAUUCUCCACAGAUGAGGACUUCUAAUUGCGUUCACUUCCUUAACCAAUUGAUCUCAGGUCAUUCAUCCCACAACUGCCAUUCAUUCAGUGUGUUUGUGAUAGAAAUUGGGUGUGUGUGCUUAAAAAUUUUAACUGAAGCAUUUCUUGGACUCGUGAGACUAUUGUGCAGAUUUGACUUAAUGAUAGUCACAGCUUGUUUUUAAUUAGCAUAAAUGCUUUUAAUGUGUGGCUUUUUAUAAUCUUCCCUUGUAUUGAAGCACCAUAGUGUUCAGUAGAUGUUGGAGCUGUUUUUAAUGGAUUUUAAAUUCUCAGACCUUAUUUAUAUCUGCGAGAGGCAUUACUUUAUUUUUUUAGUUCCUUCAUUUACAAUUUAGAUUUUUAAUAGUUUGUAACCUGUCUGAGAACCUGCAUAAUUUUUAGUCUGUCCCUUGCAAUAUGUUAUUUUAAUGUAAAUAAUAUGUCUAUUAAUUUAUUAAAAGCCUUUUCAUAAAUAAUGUAUUUUUAAUGUCUUUUUUGACUACCGUAACUGUAUUUGUUCUGUGUUUCUGCAUGUCCUGUCCACUUUCAGGCCCUUCUAAUUAAAAAUGUACACCAUUUAAGGUUUGAUUUUUAGCUUUAUUUAUCAAAUAAAUGACUGGCAUAUUUCAAUGACACUGAAAGACUAAUAAAUUACAUGCAAAAAUUGUGAUGAGAUCCCUCUUCAGUUUCAAAAUAAAUUUUGCAAGUUAAAAAGUUUCUUAUCAAAUCUUGUGUUGAAAGGCCCAUUGAUGUUCUAAAGAAAAAAAUAAAGGCAUGCUAAAAAUACAUUAGUAGUAAUCGUACUAUUUCAAAACUCUUAGAGCACAUUUUUAUUAUAAACUCCUGGCUUUAUAUUUUGUCAAUAGAAA